GUCGGCGAUCCAGAAGGGGAAGGCAACAACUGAUCCUCAUGCAAAAAAGCGAAAGCAAAAGCUAAACCCCCGCCCCCUUAAAAACCUGGCGUUUCUUACACUUCUUCUGCUCUUCCUCACACACUGAACCACUUUUCCGUCUCUUCUUCUUCUUCUUCUUCUUCUUCUCUCUCAUAUUCCAGCCUGCGAUCCGAGUCCGCCGGCAGCUGUUUCCGGUGUGGCGGAGCUUCCAAUACUCUUACACCAGCUUCCGCCUUCAUCAGUCGCCUAGACUGUAGAGUUUGCUAUGAGGAUAACAACAAUCAUUAUAUAAAACAUAUAAAAGUAUUUCAACCCUUGGUUGUCAAUGAAGGUGCUUAAAUCAUGGAGAGCCUUGGUGAAAAAAAGGAGUGCAAUCUUUGACUGGGGGAAAUGUGGAUUAAAGAUGAAGCAGCUUCCAUUUAUGGGUGUUAUUUGUACAGUAAUGCUGUUCAUCGUGUAUAGAACCACAAAUUAUCAGUACCUUGAGACACAGUUGGAAGCAAGAUUGAACCCUUUUCACACGGUAAAGGAAAUUCGAGUAGCUUCUUCAAAGUUAAAAAAUUUGCCUCUUGGCAUCAUUGAAGCUCGUUCAGAUUUGGAACUGAAACCUCUAUGGUUGACAAGUAGUUCAAGGUCAAAGGUUAAUGUUUCCAGCAAUCAUAACCUUCUGGCAAUGCCAGUUGGUAUUAAGCAAAAGGAAAAUGUUGAUGCUAUUGUGCAGAAGUUUCUUCUAGAGAACUUUACUGUUAUCCUGUUCCAUUAUGAUGGCAAUAUGAAUGGAUGGUGGGAUCUUGACUGGAGUGACAAAGCCAUACACAUAAUAGCUCAAAAUCAAACUAAGUGGUGGUUUGCAAAACGCUUUUUGCAUCCAGAUGUUGUGUCUAUUUACGACUACAUAUUUCUCUGGGAUGAAGAUUUGGGGGUGAAGAAUUUUCAUCCAGGAAGGUAUCUUCAAAUUGUGAAGUCAGAAGGACUGGAGAUAUCCCAGCCAGCUUUAGAUCCAAAUUCAACAGAAAUACAUCACAGAAUUACUAUCCGUGCCAGAACAAAGAAGUUUCAUAGAAGAGUCUUUGAUCUCAGAGGCCAUACCAAGUGUACAAAUUCAAGUGAAGGGCCACCAUGCGCUGGAUUUGUUGAGGGCAUGGCUCCGGUGUUUUCAAGAUCUGCCUGGUACUGUGCUUGGCAUCUUAUACAGAAUGAUCUUGUUCAUGGAUGGGGAAUGGAUAUGAAGCUUGGUUAUUGUGCACAGGGUGAUCGCACAAGGAAUGUAGGAGUGGUUGAUAGCGAAUAUGUGGUCCAUCAAGGCAUACAAACUCUAGGGGGUGCUGGAACCCAAACAACAAAGAGUGAGGUACAGAAACAUAGACCUUCACAUGGCGAUUCACGAACCGAGAUUCGGAGGCAGUCCACUUGGGAACUUCAAGUCUUCAAAGAGCGCUGGAAUCGUGCUGUCGCAGAGGACAAGAACUGGGUAGAUCCGUUUGUAAGAUACCAAAGGCGCAGAAAACCAAGAUGGCACCAACAUUAAAUCAAUGUUUUAGUUCAGCUUCACCUAUUGGCCAUUUUAGUACCGUUCAAAAAAAUAGUUCAGCUCCACCCACACAAGGAUACACUAGUCUCUUUCUAUACAUGUAAUUUAGUUCACGUAGCCUUUGCUUGUAUACUCGUAAUUAUUUCAUUUAUUUGAAUAUUCAUAUUUU